UGAGAAGCUGUGAGCAAGACAGCAGUGAUCAACGAUAAUCUUAAUUCUCAGCCCAGCAGAUCUGAUUUUAAGGGAAAAAAAGGCAUAAAUGGUCAAACAAAGGAAUUAAUUCAGAGAGGAGUUGUAAGGCAGAAGUCUCACUUGAACAUAAAGAUACUCAAGUUCUCUCACUGGUGUUUUUCUUUGAAAAGAACUAAACUUUUAAAAUCAGAAGGUGUUUUUCAGAGAACAUAAACAGGGAGGGAGAGGAGGGGCUGAACUAAAAUAACUGAAGCAGUGACGUAGGACUUGACUCUGUCUUUUCAAAGAGCAGUGUGGAAAUCUUUUCUGUUGAAAAUCCCCAAACAACCACUGAUCUGGCUUUUGACUAAACAAGUUGAUUUCUGUGAGGAAGAAGCAACUCUGAAACUUCCUGUGGCUCUGGGCUGACUGAGAGGUGAGGGGUGCCGGGGCUGGGCCUGUCAGGACUGUGGUCUGACCAGAAUGAGCCUGCCUGGAGAUUUAAUUGCAUGCUUGGCUCCCUGGGGAGGUGCAGAGGAGGUGCUGCAGGGCAGGGCAGCAGCUGUGCAGAUACAGAGCCUGGACUAAGCUUUGCUGCCUCUCAGUAUCAGUUCCUCAGUCCUACUGCACAUCACAUCUGGUCCCAAGCAGGAGGAACAGCUCUUGUCUGUGUAGAAUGUUCAAUGAAGCUCCUGAAGCGGAGGGAGUUCUGCCAUCUUGGUUUGGACUCGGUGGUCUUUGUGGGUCCCUUCCAGCUCAGAAUAUCCAGUGAUUUGGUGACCCCACGUGACCCUGGUGUAGCUGCCCAGGAGUUUCUUGCAUGUGCCUCUGCCACUCUAAAUCACCACUGAGGACAUCUGCCCCAACCUCGGAUCUGUGUAGGAGGCUCUUCAUCUUGACUCCAAACACAUUUGGGACAGCUCCUGCCUCACAGUUCCCCUUUCUACUACUGCUGAACUUCUGUUGAUGCCACCAGAGGCUCCAUGUGCUCCCAUGGGGAACAGCCGGGGCUGGAAGUCAUCAUGAGGAGAUUUGUACAAGACAGAGCCUGGCAAGAGACGUGAGGCCUCCCUGAAGGCCUCAGCCAGCAGGGGCCAUGCGAUGCUCCUUGAAACGCUCCCUCACGGUUCUGCUCGCUGCCUCUUUCCUUCUCCUCCUCCUCCUCCACCUCCAUGGGGACAGCCGGCAGGAACAGGAUCCCCUGGAGGUGGAGCUCAGAGGCCUGGCUCCUGACACGAUCCUGCAGCUGCUGCAGCCAGAGGGAGCCCAGCGCAUCUUCAGGGACACAGUCGAGCUCUCUGCACUCAACGUCUCAUACCAGAUCCUCGCUGGCUCCCUGGCUCCCCAAAAAAAAUUCCUGGCAGUGGGAAUGGCAUCUGUACGGAGGCCGCGUGGUUUCUACCUCCUGGCCACACUCCAAUCCCUCUUCAGCCAGUCCACGGAGGAAGAGCUGCAGGAGAUGGUGGUGGUGGUGCACCUGGCUGACACCAAUCCUAGCUGGAACGUGCGUGUUGCUGCCACCAUCGCCCAGAAGUUCUCUCGCCACAUCCUGCUGCACCGGCUCCUGCUCAUCCACACUCCCCAUGAGUUCUACCCCACCCUGGAAGGCCUGAAGAGGAACUUCAACGAUGCAGAGGAGCGGGUGAGGUUCCGCUCCAAGCAGAACAUAGACUACGCUUUCCUGCUCAACUUUGCUGCCAACCUCUCCUCCUACUACCUGAUGAUAGAGGAUGAUGUGUGGAGUGCCAGGUCCUUCCUGACAGCCAUCCGCAGGGCACUGGCUUCCCAGGAGGGCUCCAACUGGGCCACCCUUGAAUUCUCCAAGCUGGGCUACAUUGGAAAGCUCUACCGCUCCAGUGACCUUCCUCGCCUGGCUCGCUUCCUCUUUCUCUUCUACCAGGAAAUGCCCUGUGACUGGCUGCUGGUCCACUUCCGCCAACUGCUCACCCAGAAGGACGUGAUCCGCUUCCAGCCAUCCCUCUUCCAGCACAUGGGCCUCUACUCCUCCUUCCAGGGCACCGUCAACCGCCUGGAGGACGAGGAUUUCCAGGCUGAUGCCUUGGACCUCCCGGACAACCCGCCAGCAUCCCUGUACACCAGCAUGUCAGUCUUCGAGAACUACGAGCCCCUCAAGGCCUACAGCUCGGCACAGGGGUACUUUUGGGGCAAAGACCCAGUAGCUGGCAGUACUUUUUCCAUUGUGUUCCAGCAGCCAGCCCGAGUCAGCCGUGUCCGGGUGCGCACGGGCUCUGCAGAGCGCCCAGGUGAUUUCCUGCGCGCGGGGCUCCUGGAGCUGGGCCAGCACCAGGGCCGCAGUCAGGACUGCUCGUCCUACAUCCCCGUGGGCUCCUUUGAGAAGGGGACCCUGGAGCAGCGGGGCCUGGAGAGGGUCCUGCCUGGGCCCGUGGAGUGCGUGAGGAUCCGGGUGACCCAGGACCAAACCGAGUGGCUCAUCAUCCAGAGCAUCGAUAUCUGGACCACAGCAGGCACUUGAGGAUAACACCUGUGGCAGGAUGUCAAAACAGCUGGAUUUGGUUCUAAGAGGUCCUUUAUUUUUCACAUUCCCUUUCUGCAUAAGAAAUUAAGUCAUUGACUCCCACAGCGUCGUGUCUGGAGAGAUGGGAACCACUACUGUGGGCUGUGGAUGGGUCUGGGAGUGGGGCCCAUCAGGAUGCUCCUGCUGGGAGAUGCCCCAGUGAGGGGCACAGAAAGGAGAAGGGGCUUGGGAAUUGAAGGCUAGGCAGUAGAAAACCUUUCCUCCUGGGGAGGAUGGUGUACAGUGCAAAGCUAAUCAGCUAAUUAACAAACCAGGUAAUUAAUCAGGCAGUGGUAUUUUUUUCAGCCUCUCCACACCAUACUUGCUGUAAGUUUUCCAAAACUCUUGAUUUCUAACUCCCUCCUCUCUGAUCCCAUUUCCUAGCUGCUCCUGGAGGGCUCAGGGGAAGGUCUGGGGGUGCUGCUCACCACACUCCUCACCCUGCAGGCUCAGCCGGUUCGUGGCAGCAGCAAGCUCGCACUGAUGCCCGCCCAUUUCCCGGUGCCGAUCGGGGCCACCAGAUGGACCCAUCGGCCUGGCCCUGGGCAGCACCUCCCAGCAGCGCUGCUUGUUCCUGCCCUCGAAGGGAAAAAAUCAGUUCCCUGGGACCUCACCUCGAGUCCAUGUGGAAUUCACAUGGAGAGGGAAAGACAAGUAAGAUGGGGCUUCUACAAAGGGAAGGAAGGCCCAGAAUUGAGCACCAGGGAACGAAGAUGAGCCAAGGAAAAUGUGACCUUCAUAUAAUGUGAAGUUCUGGGUCCUUUUUAGCCUAGUGUGGUGCUGAAGGGUAACUGGGGUACACACAGGCUGCCAAACAUGCUGUUUGGGUUUGUCUGGCAGGGUCAUCUUGGAGGGCUGGAUGCUCUACUAGCAGCUGCUGGCCCCAGCACACAGGGCAGUGACUGGCACCCCUCCCAAUUAGGCUUUUAGCAACAAUUUCUCAGCUUCCUGCAAAGGAAGAAUUCCAGUCUGCUCAGUUUUCUUGUGGGAUGGCCCAGAGAAGUUAAGUCACUAACCUGUGCCAAGCAGCACUCUGGUCUGCCCAUGUUCCAAGCCUGGCUCUCCUGGAGCAGGACAGUUGCUGUCAGCAGGGAGCAGUGGAGCCAUGGACACUCCUGCAGUGCCAUAACCACAGCUCUGGCUUGAGGUGGCAUCAGCUCACCUGCUGGGCAGUGGGAGGCAGAUGGAGAGCCCCAGACCCAGCAUAAUGG